CUAUUGGUCUACGAUCUAUAUAUUCGGGACCGUCGAUGAUGCUCAAUUUGCCUGCAGUUUGCCACUUAAAUGUCCAGCGGGAUCUCUCUGCUAAUGUCAAGACCCGCGCCGUGAAAUAGUCGCCAUCUUUGCGACCGAGUCGCAUCCCUCGGUUUGGGCCGACGUAUGUUGCGCGCAGCUUUAUGUAGUGUCGGGUAGAAAAAAAAUCGUUGAAAGUUGGUGACGAAAGGGGCAAAAGCGGUUCAGCGAGACCGGAUAACGUUUCGAGUCUGCGACGAGUAGUGUGGCCCAGCGCGAAAGUGGGCGGAACGCGUGGGGCUUAACGUUCUCCUGUGCCUCGCUAGAGCACCCAGCCAGCGGUAGUAGGUAGCACGUCAGAUUACAGGGAAUAUAUAUCUCGGCCAGUUUUUUUUUCCGACAAGUGACACACCGUAGGAGCCGUCGCCGUUGACGUCUUUUCCGCGCAGUGAUAACAGGGCAACCUCGGGACUCGUCGUCGUCGGCCAGCCCGUCUUUACCGGCGUAUGCCAUUCUAAACGUGUGCGGAAACCAAACCGUAACAUAUCAUAUAUACAUCGGUCGACGAGAAAAAAUGAGUUGUCAACGGAACGCUGGCAAGAUCACGGUGCCAGACGAGUUGCGGGAUAUUCUGCUAGAGUUCACGAUCAGCUACUUAUUGGAGCAACCGGUGGAUAUUAUCGACUAUGCCGUCGGUUUUUUCACGCAACUACGGGAAAGCCGUCACCUACAGUUGAUUCAGCCCACUGCGCAGACCUGCUCCUCUACGCCGGACGAGUCUGUCGAUGAAGAACCGCCGGUCGGAAGGUUCGCAUCGAGGAGGAAGAGUAUCUUCGCGGAGACGUAUAAUCCUGAAGAAGAUGAGGAAGACGAUGGAGCCAAGAUGGUGCAUCCGAAGAGCGACGAGCAACGGCAGAGGCUCAGCGACAGCGUCAAGAAUAUUUUUCUGUUUCGGGCCCUAGACGAGGAACAAAUGGCGGACGUGUUGGACGCGAUGUUCGAGAAGACGGUGCAGCCGGGCGAAUACAUUAUCCGGCAAGGCGACGACGGCGACAACUUCUACGUCAUCGAGAGAGGAAAGUUCGAGGUGUACGUGAAGAAUCAGCAAACCGGCCUGGAGUCCAUGAUACACGUGUACGAUAACCGCGGCGCGUUCGGCGAGCUCGCGCUGCUCUACAACAUGCCCAGAGCGGCCACCAUCAAGGCCAUCACGCCCGGCACGCUGUGGGCGAUGGACAGGCAAACGUUCCGGCGCAUACUGCUGAAAUCGGCGUACAAGAAGUGCAAGAUGUACGAGGACCUCAUCAACAGAGUGCCGAUGCUGAAGUCCGUCGAGCCGUACGAGCGCAUGAACCUGGCGAACGCUUUACUACCGAGACAGUAUUCAGACGGCGAGCAGAUAAUCAGGCAGGGCGACACCGCCGACGGGAUGUACUUCGUCGAAGACGGCGUCGUGAGGAUCACCAUAGUCGGAGACCACGGUCGCGAGAUUGAGAUUAAUAGAGUCCCCGCUGGUGGGUACUUAGGCGAGCUGGCGCUCGUCACACAUAAACCUCGCGCUGCUUCGGCCUACGCUGUGGGCGACGUAAAGCUGGCCUUUUUGGACGUUGAAGCUUUCGAACGCUUACUUGGGCCUUGCAUGGAACUCAUGAAGCGUAAUAUCGACGAUUACGAGGAUCAGCUAGUCAAAAUCUUUGGCAGCAAAGCUAACGUAACC